AAAAAGAUAAUUGAAGCGGAGAGAAUAGGCGCUGACAUGACCUUCUGAAGUUUGCGCGCCCUCUCUCUCUCUCACUCUGCCCUUUUUCGCUCUUCUCCACUUCCGUCACUCGAGGAGGGUUUCUUCAAUCGUGUUAAUGGCUUCAACGAUUAUCCACAAUGUCAUUGACGACGAAGAUGAAUUCGAUUGGGAAGCAGCUGUUAGAGAGAUUGAUUUCGCUUGCCAGGCCACCACCAAUCCAUCCACUUCAAACCCAAUUCAUCAUCACCAUCCUCUCCAUCAACUCUCUACUAAGCCCCCCUUAACCACUAACAUUCCAUAUUCUAACAAUACCCACAUUAAAUCUUUGCCUUCCAGGCAAUCCACUCUUGAUAAAUUCAUCAGGAAGCCUGGCCCGAGUGCUCCACCAGAGAAUCGGAACGUUGGGGACAUUGACCCUAAUAAGUACGAGGGUAGUGAAGGGGUCAGCUGCCUUAAUAUUGAUGCUGAGGCUGCCAAAACAUGGAUUUACCCAGUAAAUGUUCCUCUUCGUGAUUAUCAACUAUCCAUAACCAGGACAGCCCUAUUUUCAAAUACCUUGGUGGCAUUGCCAACCGGACUUGGGAAAACUCUUAUUGCUGCUGUUGUAAUGUAUAAUUACUUUAGAUGGUUUCCAGAAGGAUUGGUUUAUGACCCUCAGUUCUGGAACAUUGACAUGCAUCUUGGUGUUUCCACGGCAGGAAAAAUUGUUUUUUCUGCUCCUUCUCGACCGCUUGUUAUGCAACAAAUAGAAGCAUGCCAUAAUAUUGUAGGAAUACCUCAAGAAUGGACAAUAGAUUUGACAGGUCAAACGAGUCCUACGAGAAGAGCAUGCCUUUGGAAAGAUAAACGUGUUUUCUUUGUUACUCCACAAGUACUGGAGAAGGAUAUUCAAUCUGGUACAUGUUUGGUUAAACACCUAGUGUGUUUGGUGAUUGAUGAGGCUCAUCGAGCAAUGGGAAAUUAUUCCUACUGUGUGGCAGUUCGUGAGUUGAUGGCUGUACCUGUGCAGCUCAGAAUAUUAGCUUUAACUGCAACACCAGGAUCAAAGCAGCAGACCAUCCAGCAAAUUAUCGAUAACUUACAAAUCUCAACACUUGAAUAUCGUAAUGAAAAUGACCAUGAUGUGAUCCCAUAUGUGCAUGACAGAAAGAUUGAAUUAAUAGAGGUUGCUAUGGGCCAAGACGCUGUUGAAAUAAAUAAUAUGCUUUUGGAAGUAAUACGUCCGUUUGUUGCUAGGCUUUGUUCAAUUGGAGUGCUCCAAAGUAGAGACUUCCAGACUUUAAGCCCAUGUGAUUUACUUAAUUCAAGAGAUAAAUUUCGUCAAGCACCGCCACAAGACCUUCCCUCUGUGAAGUGUGGAGAAGUGGAAGGAUAUUUUGGAGCUCUUAUUACUCUUUACCAUAUACGCAAGUUACUUUCAAGCCAUGGAAUAAGGCCAGCAUAUGAGAUGCUUGAAGUGAAGUUGCAACAAGGGCCUUUUGCGCGACUUAUGAGUAGAAAUGAAGGUAUACACAGAGCAAAGCUUCUAAUGCAGCAAAGCUUGUCGCACGGAGCUCCUAGUCCCAAAUUGUCGAAAAUGUUAGAAGUACUGAUUGAUCAUUUCAAAAUGAAAGAUCCACAGAACUCAAGGGUUAUCAUUUUCUCAAAUUUCAGGGGAAGUGUCAGAGACAUAAUGGAUGCAUUAACAAGCAUUGGGGAAUUGGUUAAAGCUACCCAGUUUAUUGGCCAAAGCUCGGGAAAAACAUUAAAGGGCCAAUCACAAAAGGUUCAACAGGCUGUUUUGGAGAAGUUUCGGGCUGGUGGAUACAACGUAAUCGUAGCAACAUCAAUUGGUGAAGAAGGCCUAGAUAUCAUGGAGGUUGACCUUGUCAUUUGUUUUGAUGCUAAUAUCUCUCCUUUGAGAAUGAUUCAGCGCAUGGGGAGGACUGGAAGAAAGCAUGAUGGACGAGUUGUUGUUUUAGCCUGUGAAGGGUCCGAGUUGAAAGGUUACAUGCGAAAGCAAGCAAACAGCAAAGCUAUUAAGAAACACAUGCGAAAUGGGGGGAUGAAUAGCUUCAAUUUUCAUUCUAGUCCAAGAAUGAUUCCCCAUAUUUUCAAACCAGAAGUUCAGUUGAUUGAGCUAUCAAUUGAACAGUUCAUUCCUCGUGGCAGAAAAGUGAAAGAUGAUCAUCCUAUCCAGACCCCCGUCUUUAAGACCAAACUAACUGAUGCUGAGACUGAUUUAGUUGCUAAAUACUUCCACCCUACCAAAGGGAGUACAUGGAGACCAUCCCUUAUUGCCUUCCCUCAUUUCCAGGCAAUUCCCUCCAGAGUGCACAGAGUUAUGCAUUCAUUCAGAACAGGGAUGUUGAUUGAUGCAAUGCAACGGCUGCAAGGCUUAUCAUUUUCUAGGGACAGCAAAUCCUUCUUUCAAGAGGAUGAAGCCCUCUCAAGUUUGGACUUGGGAGUUGAAAAUGUUGAGCAGCAUGAAAACUGUAUGAAAGAUUUACAGAGUACUCACAAUUCCCCAGAAGAGUAUUCACUGAGAAAAGUAUCAGAUUUUGAUCCAUUACCUAUGGAGACCUCAGUAACUAAGGAGGAGAAUUGUCUUCCAGAUUCUCAUGGCCAAAAUCUUCCCAUCCACUCUCACCUGUUUGGCUCUGGUUUUGUAUCCAUUGACUCUCUUGGAAGAGUCUUGAUUUUAUCUGUACCUGUACUUCCUCUGAAAGAAGAUUCACAUUCUAAGUGCACGAGUGCAAACAAUACAAGCUUGCUAAAUUGUUUGAAGCAAGAUUCUUUUCAUUUUAAGGCGUCAUGCGGAGACUACAAAGAUAUGACUCUGAGGGUAAAAGACAUUUCUGGCAAAACAGCUUCUUCUCAGACAAGAAGCAAAGAAAAUGAGAACAUGCUGUCAUCUAAAUCAUGCAACCCUGAUCCCCAGACAGAGAAUGAACUGGAUGAGGAUGGGAAGUUUUGUCAAACCCCAGUUUCCAAGGUGGGUUUGUCAAACGAAGGAGAUAGCACUCACAAGGUACCUCAGGAAAACAAAACAGAAGCGCUGUUAGUUGGUGAUUCAAGCAAUGACCCGAGAGAUGUUGAGCUUAGUCCUCGGUUAACUAAUUUUAUCAAGAGUGGCGUUGUCCCAGAGUCUCCUAUAGAUUAUGCUGGGACAUCAAAAGGUAAAGGGAGUGACAAGUUAAUGGUACCAGACCUUGGUUCACCUGCUAAAUCAAAUACUGAUGUGUUACUGAGGUCUUCAAUUCCGGAGCAGAAAGAAAAGACAGCUAUAAAUGGUAGUGCUUGUGGAAGCGAUGCUCCAGCUUCUUCUGUUAAUGAAGAAAUUCGAACUCCUGUACUCAAUUUGAAGUGUAGUGCCACAAGAGGAAGCAUCUCUGCUUUUCCAGUCAAUGAAGAAGUUCAAACCCCCUUAGUAAAUUUAAUGAACAAUAGUUGUAGCAAAGACUGGUGUUUGAGUUCUGGAGGCAAGUCGGAAAGUGUUCAACAGGGAAAAAAGUUUAAAAGAUUGUGCAAGUAUGGAGAACAAGGCAAGUGGAGGCUUCCAGAAGGCAAAGAAGGAAAUGUUGGCCAUAAAACAAACCCAGCCAGAGAUUGUUCAAGACAAAGUCCUAUUCUGGUGAAGAAUGGUAAAAGGAAACGGAAGCCAGUAAAGGAUGUCAGCGCCUUCAUCGAUGAGGAAGCUGGGGUAUCUUCAGAUGUUGAAGUAUCUGAUGAUGAGGAGGAUGAGCAGGAGAACAAUUCUUAUGGUGAUAGCUUUAUAGAUGACAGGUUAAAUCCUACAGCAGCAAGUACUCAAGCUGAAGCUAGUAGAAGUGGCAUGAUGGCAAUUUACAGACGCUCGUUACUAAGUCAAUCACCAAUGGAGACUAACUGUUCUACAGAUUUUAGUCCCGACUCUGUUGCUUCGAAGACCCGGGUGAGUGAAUGUGGGAGUUCACCAGGAACAAUAAAUCAUUCUCUCCAAACACCUCAAACUGGGUCAGAGUCUGCUGUGAGGAAUUCAACAGUCUUUCAUUCAGAAUCUGAGAAGAUCUCUUCAAAAGCCAUACUGUGCACAAGAAAUGGUGGUACUGCUAGAGAGAAUGAGAACAAGAUGGGGCGUCGAAAAAGAAAAUUGAGCUUUUAUCAAGACAAGUCUGUUCCUGCAAUUAACUUGGAACAGCAAUUCUUGGUUCAAUCUGAAGCUGCAGGACGAGAAACAUUGUUGCAGGAUCAUCAAGUGCAGAAAAUCGAAGCAAAUGUGGACGUGUUUGAUGAUGAUGAUCAGUUUUACGCGGGUCUUGAUCUUGAUGCAGUGGAGGAACAAGCUGCUAAACUACUUGGAUACAAAUUAGAGUUGUCAGAACCGAAAAGAAAGAUGAUUCACGAUGCGACCCCUCCACAGCUUGGUAUUCUGGGUUCUCCAUCAUUUGAUCUUGGAAUUUGAUUAUCUUUAAGGAUAUCCUAAUUAUUUAGAGUUCAUUUAACUGUGAGGACAAUUCCUUGAAAAUUUUGGAAUUGAGAAAUGUUGGUUUGUUGCAAGUCAGGUUCUGCUGGGGUCGUAAGUUGAAAGUAAUUACAUUUUUCUUUUCAGAACAAUACAUUCAUUUUUAUGUAUAUAUGAUGUUUAUAUAGAGGGUAGUUGAAAGUUUUGCAAAUGAAAUCAGGAUUUAUUUUUUUGUUUGUUAUGGUCAA